GAACAUCUAGAGUCAUGACCUGUCAGGCCUUCAGCACCACGGACUGCUUCACUACUCUGAGCGGAGACUCGUCUGCUCUGCCGCUGCUCAUGCAUCACACCGGAGCCGCAGACUGUCUGCCCGUCACCAGCCACACGGCCAACAUGGGGCCUCCAGUGUCUGGUUUAUUCCCCAUAGGUCUCCCUCUGGUCCAGUCAUCCAAACGCUCUCAUAUGCACCUGUCCGCUUCUGCUUUGGGCAAUGCAUCAGCCAGCCUGCACUACUCAAUGCCCCCAUGUCAUUAUAGCAACCAGCAGACCACCUACGGCAUGAUGGCAGCACAGGAAAUGCUCUCUGCCAGCAUCUCUCAGACCCGCAUCCUGCAGACCUGCAGCAUGCCUCAUGCCAGCAUGGUCAACAGUGCCAACUCACUGCAAGGAGCUCUGGCUCCACGCCUCUAUAAGUUCCCAGAGCACAGUUUGGGCGGGGGCUUACCGUCGCUGCCCCAGGCCCUGCUCACGGACGAACCCUCUCUAGGAGACAUCAAGCAGGAGCUGCGCAGGAAAAGCCGGCCCCUGGAAGAGCCGCCCGACAUGGACUCACCUCAGAUCCGUGAACUGGAGAAGUUUGCUAACGACUUCAAACUGAGGAGGAUCAAAUUAGGUUACACACAGACCAAUGUUGGUGAAGCGCUGGCAGCUGUGCACGGCUCUGAAUUCAGCCAAACCACCAUCUGCCGCUUCGAGAACUUGCAGCUCAGCUUCAAAAACGCCUGCAAGCUCAAAUCCAUCCUAUCAACGUGGCUGGAGGAGGCUGAGCAAGCCGGUGCUCUUUUAAAUGAGAAGAUGGGCAUGCAAGAGCGUAAACGCAAACGGAGAACAACCAUCAGUCUUGGGGCUAAGGAAGCCUUAGAAAGGAAUUUUGUGGAGAAGAGUAAGCCAUCAUCUCAGGAGAUCGUGCGGAUGGCGGAGGGUCUCUUUCUGGAGAAGGAGGUGGUGCGGGUUUGGUUCUGUAACCGCCGGCAGAGAGAGAAGAGGGUCAAAACCACCCUACAACACAGCUCCUUCAUGGCCAAAGAGAUCACAGCCUGUAGAUCUUGA